AUGGCUGACAAAUUAAUUAAGAGACGUAGCUCAAUGAAGGCUAAGCUUACCAGCUUUAGUAAUUAUUUAGAAGUAGUAAAAAGUUGCGAAAUUCUUUCCGAAUUGCAAAUUAUUGAAUUAGAAAGCCGUUUUGACAAAUAUAAUGCCUUGUACUCGGAGUAUGACGAAUUACAGACCGAGAUCGAGACUUUGGCGGAUAAACCGGAGGAAGCCUACGCCAUGAGGACACAGUUCGAAGAGCAGUAUUAUGCGUUGCUUGCGGUGGCUCGGAGCUUGCUGAAUAAGGGUAGCAAGCGUCGUGACUCUGCAGGUUUUGUGACCGGUUCCGAAGCAUCAAUGACAGGUAGGACUAAAAACAAUUUUAUUAGAUUACCUAAAAUUAAUUUGCCUCACUUUGACGGCAGUUAUCAGUGCUGGCUAGAGUAUAGAGACACGUUUAAUUCUCUUAUUCAUGAAAAUACUUGUAUUGACGAUAUUAAUAAGUUCCACUACUUGCGAGCCUCUCUAAAGGGUACAGCUGCAGAAAUAAUAAAAAAUAUAGAUUUUAAAGGCGAUAAUUACAUCAUCGCUUGGAAUUUAAUUUGCGAACGGUACAACAAUAACCGUUUACUUAUAAACAACCAUGUCCAAGCUUUAUUUAAUGUAGAACCGUUAUCAACGGAAUCUAGUGUUUCUUUACGACGUCUUGUUGACGUCACUAAUAAAAAUAUAAGAGCCCUUAAAACAUUAAAUGAACCCACGGAGCAUUGGGAUACUCUCAUCAUUUAUAUGAUGUCUAUAAAACUGGAUUUACAUACCAGUAGAAAGUGGGAGGAGUACCGCAAUACUUUGGCCGAUAAUUCACCUACUUUAUCACAGUUUUGUACAUUUAUAAAUAACACAGCUGAUUUACUCGAAACAUUACAGGAUAAUAUUAAACACAAUAAAACACUUUAUACAAAUAAAUUAGAGAAAAAUAAUAACACAAAAAGCUUCAUUGUUACAUCAGAAAAUUCAAAAGGCAAGAAUACUUCUGCUAAUAACUCUAAAUUUAAAUGUCCCAUGUGUUCCGGUAAACAUUUUUUAUAUAGCUGUGAAUCUUAUAGAAAACUACCUAUAGAAUCACGUAUUCAAAAGGCUAAAGAUUUUAAAGUUUGCAUGAACUGUUUACGUAUCGGUCAUGUUGAAAAACGAUGCAAGUUUUCACAUUGCAGAUAUUGUUCAAUUAAACAUAAUACCUUAUUGCACAUAGAGCGGACAGACAUACCAGCUGUUUUGGACCCAUUGCCUAGUACAUCUGAAAGUAUUUCGCUUUCAGCAAACACCUUAAAUUUACAGCCUACUACUCGUACAAAUGUUUUGCUUUCCACAGCGCUGGUGAGGGUGGUCAACAGUGCAGGCGAGAAGUACGAUGCCCGUAUCCUGUUGGACAACGGUAGCACAGCCAAUUUCAUUAGCGAGAGCCUUUGUAAUAAGCUGCGUUUACCCCGAAGCGAUGCAUACUCAAAGGUUACAGGUAUUAAUAAUCAAACCAGCACUAGUGUACAAUCUUGCAAUUUAAAAAUCGAGUCACUUUAUGACGAUUACAACGUCGAUAUUGACUGUUUUAUAUUACCCGAGAUCACGCGACUAUUACCGUCAUCUCGUAUUAAUAUUAAAGACGUGGUAAUCCCAGAGGGUUUAAAAUUAGCUGAUCCCUCUUUUCACAUUCCAUCAGUUGUGGAUAUAUUGGUGGGUGCAGACGUCUUCUGGAGUGCUAUCAAGCCCAAUCAUAUAAAUUUAGGCAAAAAUCAACCAAAGUUAUGUGAAAGUAAGUUGGGCUGGUUAAUAUCUGGCUCCGUAGCUUACAAUUCACGCUCAUCUCGUUCGCAUUCUUGCAAUCUACUCAAUAUUGAAUGUAAUAAUGCUUUGUCUAAAUUUUGGGAGCUAGACUCCAUUAAUGAAAAGCAUUCUCUUUCAUUAGAAGAACGAGCAUGCGAAGAUUGUUUUUAUAAAAAUACUACACGAAAAGACGAUGGUCGCUUCGUAGUUACAAUACCUCUGAAGGCGGAACCUUCUACAUUGGACAUUGAAAAAAUGUAUAGAGCCAUCGAGGUAAAUCCCUCGCAGAGGCCGUUGCAACGCAUAGUUUUUCGUAAAGAUCCCACGGAACCAUUAAAAACAUAUACAUUAAAUACUGUGACAUAUGGCACAGCAUCAGCUCCAUAUUUAGCGACUAAAUGUCUUGUUACGUUAUCAGAUUUAGCCAGUCAAGAUAACGUUAAAGAAUCCAUAAGGCAUGAUUUUUAUGUCGAUGACUAUUUAAGCGGUUCUAGCAGUAUUUCGGGUGCUGUAGAGCUAUGUAAAACCGUUAAGACUAUUUUGAAGUCGGCUAAAUUUAAUCUGCGAAAGUGGCAAUCGAAUAAUUCACAAAUUUUGAAGGAAUUAGGUUGUUUAGAAUUUAAUAAUAAUAUGUUAGAUUUGUCACGUACUGCUUCCGACAACAACUGUAAAACCUUAGGUUUGAAUUGGCUAUGUACAUCGGAUAGUCUAUCAUUUUUUAUUAAUGUUGAGUCCCAGUCAAAGGUGACAAAACGACACAUUUUGUCAACUAUUAGUCAGAUCUUUGAUCCACUAGGUUUAGUAAGUCCAUGCAUAAUUGAAGCAAAAAUUAUAAUGCAAACCUUAUGGAUAAAUAAAUGUAAAUGGGAUGAUGAACUGUCGCCAGAAAUUACCAAUUUGUGGCUUUCAUUUGCAAACACUUUGUCAUUUUUAAACAACAUUAGUAUCCCGAGAUGGAUAUUAUGUAAUGACUCAGUCAAGCAUGAAAUACAUAUAUUUACAGAUGCCUCAGAAAAAGCUUAUGGUGCUUGCGUUUACAUCAGAUCAAUAAGUAAUUUAGGGGCUGUCACUGUGCGCUUGUUAACUUCAAAAAGUCGUAUAGCACCAAUUAAGCCUACUACCAUUCCCCGGCUUGAGCUUUGUGGAGCUCUGUUGGGUUCAAGAUUGUUCGCAAAGGUUAAAGGUUCACUUACCUUACCAAUACACAAAUUUCAAUUUUGGUGUGACUCUACUAUAGUGCUGGGUUGGUUAGCGAUACCGACACAAAACCUCAAAGCCUUUGUACGAAAUCGAGUAAACGAGAUACAAGAAAGUACGUCGAAUGCGACAUGGGGUUAUGUGCCGACUAAGGAUAACCCGGCGGAUCUUGUUUCUCGAGGGUUGAAGGCCAACAUUAUUAGCGAGUCUAAAUUAUGGUGGUCAGGUCCGUCAUUUUUGCAAUCUGAUUGCAAUUGGCCAAAACAACCUAACGAACAUAUAAAAUCUCAAUUACCAGAGGAAUUAAAAAAUGCUUUAUGCUGCAUAAUUCGUGCAGCUCAGCGUGAAAUGUUCCCAGAGGAGUACGCUUUACUUAAAUCGGGGAAGGCACUAUCUCAUAAAAACAGGUUAAUAGCACUUACUCCCUUCAUUGACGGUGAAGACAUUAUUCGCGUGGGGGGCAGGCUCGUCAAUUCCCACUACGAGUUUGAUGUUAAACACCCGAUCUUGCUUUGUGGCCCACAGUUGCUUUUGGCCAACAUUCGUCAAACUUACUGGCCAUUAGGUGGGAGAAAUUUGGCUAGAUCAACUGUCAGUAAGUGUAUUAAAUGUCGUCGCUUUCGUGCCCAAAGUAUCCAGCCUAUUAUGGGACAGUUACCUGCGACUCGAAGUGAACUAGAGUUUCCAUUUUUCAACACUAGUGUCGACUAUGCUGGGCCGGUACUGAUAUCUGAUCGAAAGGGUCGAGGGUCUAAGCUCAUAAAGUCCUAUCUGUGCAUUUUUGUGUGUAUGGCCACUAAAGCCGUACAUCUGGAGCUCACUACAGACCUCACUAAGGAGGCGUAUAAGGCCGCUUUGAAUCGUUUCAUGGCACGACGUGGUAAACCGCGUAAAAUUCUUUCCGAUAACGGAACUAGUUUCGUUGGUGCAUGUAAUGAAUUUAAAAAAUGUUUACAGGAUAAAAAUGUUGCAGCUGAAUUGGCUCAGGAGGGCAUUGAAUUUUCAUUUGUACCAGCCUAUUCCCCCCAUUUCAAUGGAUUAGCAGAGGCUGCCGUCCGUUCUACAAAAUACCAUCUAAAAAGGUUGCUCACACUCACUCACUUAACUUACGAGGAACUAGCUACGUGCCUAACUCAGAUAGAGGCAAUAUUAAAUUCUCGUCCUUUGACUCCACUUUCUACUAAUCCCCUUGAUCUCUGUGCCCUUACUCCUGCUCACUUCCUGAUUGGACGCUCACUAAUGUCUGUUCCAACUCCACAGGUUACAGAUAUUAAUAUCUGUCGCCUGGAGCGAUAUCAACGAGUGGAAUACCUCAAACAGCACUUUUGGAGGAGAUUUAAUUUAGAAUAUCUUUCCAUUCUUCAGCAGAAGACCAAGUGGGCUACAUCAUCCGACAGUCUUGCAAUCGGAACGCUUGUUCUUAUAAAGGAUAAAGCGCUCCCACCUUUAUGCUGGUCAUUGGGGCGCGUCGUGCAAGUCUAUCCGGGCAGCGAUGGAAUCAACAGGGUCGCCGAGUUGAGGACCAAGCGUGGCACCAUCCGGCGUGCUUACAACAAUAUUUGUCCUUUACCUAUUUCUUGA